AUCAUAACCAUUUGAACAACGCAGCUUUGUCUCCCCUGGGUCCGGCCAUGGCCUUGUCUCACCCUCAUAACAACCUGGGAAUCGGUUUCAACAAGUACACCUCGCUCAAGGCUGUGGACACAACCACGAGAGACUACUACAAGAGCUACCCGAUGGUAGACUACACCCACCGCCAGUCCCCUCCCACUUUCCAGCCAAUCAACUUCCAUCCCAAGGACAAGCCCUUCCUCCCGCCGCCCGACAUCCACGCGCCACUGGCCAUCACCAUCAACACCUCCCAAAUCCCCAAGCCCAAGAUCUCCAAGACCAACACCCAUCCGCUCACCUCCAGCUCGGCCUUCAAAGUAUGGGACCCCAGUAAGAGCCACGCCCCCCACCCGGUGGCCUCCCACAUGGUGCUCCAGGGGCAGCAGCAUCACCCCAUCCAGCAGCUGCAGCAUCAGCCGCUGCACCAGCAGAACAGCCGGCGCCAGGCCUACUCCAACAAGAGGCAGUUCAGCAUCGAGACGCUGCCCGAGCUCUUCUCGCAGCCGCUGGGCUACGGCCACUCGCCGCGCAUGCACCCCAAGCACAAGGGACUGCCCACCAACAGCAAGACAGAGGUCACUGUCUGAACAUGGGGGCGAAUGGGCGAAUAGAAGGGGAGACAAAAGAAACCAAGCUGAGUUGUAAGGGAAAUCUUCAGAUGUCUUUUAUAUCCACAGCCCUAACGGCAAGAUUGAGGGCGAGAAAUAUCGUAUCUGGAAGUUUUUCCUCAUUAUUGUUGACAAUACUAAUAAUGACGUGAGUGAUGUCUGUGUACUCUUUAAGACCAGUGGGUCAAAACAGCAGCAGCAGCAGCAGAUGAGCUGUGAAGGUGGUGGGUUGUGACUCUUUGAACCCGACGGCUCUUCUGAAUAAUUGAGUGGCCUCUCAGUGUGUUGGCACAGCUCUGUCCCCCCCACCCCCCCUUCAACUCAAUGACACCACUCGCACAUGUUCAGAUCACACGCACAAGACACUAUUUACUCCCCAAACUAACCUCCAAGACUCCGAGGCUGUCAGCAAAGGCCCCUCAGACUCUGGCUUCCAAUCAGCCCAGACAAUGCCACUGGGGGCAGCAAAUGAGAUGAGGAUGAUCUGCACACACACAGACACACACACACACACACACAAACACACACUUGUCAACAAUUACAGAAGGUUCCCAGCAUUGCAGAGACCACUGACGCACACAAACAGACACACACGCUUGUCUCUCUCUUGUCGCAGCGGUUUGUUGAGCAGCUAAUUCCAGCCACCGUCUAUUGUGGUGCUGUGGAUGUUUACCUCUAAAGAAACCCCAGGAUGUGUCACCAUCCCUGGAAAAUAAGGGCAAAAGAGCCCCUGUAUCCAGAAAGGUCAUUAUAAAGUCAGUACAUCCUCCCUCUGUCUGUCGCGCUGCUCCACACUGAGUUUCACAAAUGAGACUUUGUUUGUGUCGGAGAAAUGUCAGCCAACGCUGCGUGCUGGCACAGACAAUUGUUUAUACCAAGAAGUGAAGUUACAAUAUGUGAAUAUAUAUCAUGCACAUCCUCCGACAUCCACUUCACUGUUUUCUGGCUGCAGCGUCAUUUGUUUGCAAAGAAAUGAUUUCAUAAUCAGUUGCUAAUGGAUAACCCCACGGUGUGCGUCUGGCUGUGCGGAGAGAAAAGCAGCGAUGCAUUAUGGGGACACUGUUUCCCACUAUGGCCAUUGCUAAACACAGCUGUGUGAUGUAUGUGUUUACUGCUGCGAUGCUAACACAAUCUGAGAGGCUGGAACCACUUGUCAGGGCACUGCAAUUUACUCCACUCCCUGUUAAUGAAGUGCUCCAGCCCCCACAAUGACUGCCAGCAAACAAAGAGCAGGUGCCGAAGUGAGUCAAAUGCAGCUUGUUCCAGGACGGAAUCUUUUUAUUUUGAGACAGGACACAAAAUAUAAUUUAUUAACUUUGUUCAACACUGUGCAGUAGUGUGAUAAUGUUUUCCUUUUUACAAAUAAUAUAAGGGACUAAAGAGUAUUUUGCAUGCUUCUUGUGGCAGGGACAGACACCCCUGCAAAUCUCUUUAAACCUUACGUUCUUCAUAGCUAAUAGCAAAAAGGUUCCUGGUUCAAAUCCCGGUUUUUCUCCAACCUCGUCCCACAGUCCAAAGACAUGCAUACUGGGGUUUGGUUAACUGGACACUCUAAAUUGGCUGUAGGUGUGAGUUUGAAUGUUUGUUUGUCUCUGUAAGUCGACCCUGUGGCGACCUGUCCAGGGUGAACCCUCAAAGAGUUUAGAUAAUGAAUGGAUGGAUCAAACUAUUUCUUCUGUCCUCUUCUGUAGUGUGCUUUCAGUAGAUUUGUCUUUAGCACCCACUAGUGUCGGGGGUCACUCCACAGACCGCAGUGGGAGCUUAACGUUAUAUUUCAAGCUGACGUAUUUCAGUGACCACGGUAACGUCACCAGUGUUUUUCACGAGAACACGAUUUUCUUUGAGUCUACCUCUUUUGAUCGAGUCCUGUUAGUGUCCAGCUCAGCAUCAACGUGACGUGAUUUAAUCCUCCUCAUGGUCGUCCAUGCGGUAAUCUGCCAUUGCAUGUAGAAUAUGCAGAUGUUUAGGUCAGCCAGUGUCCCCUUGUCGAUAAUGCGUAUUUGUUGUUUUGCAUGCGUUCUUGGGAAAUGGCAAAUGUAACCAUAGAGUCAAAUUUCCUGGAAAUACACCUGAAAUAUACUGGAAUCCCACUUUAAAGGCAAAUUAGCCAGAGCUGGGCUGAGAAACAUAAGUAGUGUUAUGAGUCGUGAAAGCAAUAACCGCUGCUGAAUAGUAUUUAGUAAUUACCUGAUGAAUAUAUUACAUUUUCAGCUUGUCCAGCAGUGAUUAUUGAUGGCUUCAGUUUAGAAAUUCAGUUUUGCUUUCAGCCUUCGCAGCACAUAGUCUCAUCUCCGCUCUACAGAGCAGCACAGAACAGACCCACUGAUUCAAUUCACCUUCAUUUGUUAUCAUGAGGACACCAGAUAUGCCGCAGUGCAUAUGCCUGGCACAUGCUCCAGCACAUCAGACAGGUGGUGGAACCUAAUCAAACAGUAGCGUUUACCAGUCACACACUAUUUAGCACUUUUUCUCGCUCAAUCGCUCUCUCUCGCUCUGUCUCUCUUUCUUUUGCUCUCUCUCACUUUCUCUGCUCCCUAACAGACUGUCAUCUGCCCCCCAACCUCCCUCUGAGCAUCCAUCUCCGCAGAGGGUUGAGCGAUGGGUACGAGGCACUUGUCUGGCUUUUGGUACCCAGUGCUCUGUGCGAUUCUCACCAGGUCCUCUCGUUGUGUGUCUGUGUGUGGGUGUGUGUGUGUGUGUGUGUGUGUGUUGGUGGGGCCCGGGAGUAUAAUUAAUGACAGAGUCAGUCACAGAAUGGCAGCCUCCAGAUUUCCUUCCCCGCCACACCAUCGCACUCACACACAUGAAAUCACUCACAGAAACUUGAGCAGGAUUCACACUGGAUACAAACACAGACACGAACGCAGCCUGGGACAUGAGUGACCAGAUGCUUUGCGAUACAUUAUUCACAUUUGGAGAUUUUCCCGUACCAACAUGCUACCUUUAAAUGAACCAUGCGUACUUUCUUUGCAAGCAGAAAUGUCAGUCAGCCAAUUUCCCCAAUUUGCAUCUCAAUUUAAUGGAGCUGUGCAUGUACACAAGCAGAUAAAAUGAGCAACGGAGUAAAACUUUAAUGAGAGAAUAAAUUAGCAAUAUAAUUCGUGUUCGUAAUGCCGCAAUGGCUUCUCCACUUUACCUCUCCAAGAUGUGAAAAACCUGUUUAGCAAGCUGUUGGAUUGGUGCACGGAGCUGCUGGCACGCCUUUGUAAUAAGGGAUCAGCGGAGAAUGGGGAUCAUGAAUACAAAAGCAUCAAUGGGAUAUGCAUGGUGUGAAUAUGCAUCAAACGCAUCUGCGCUUAUGCUCUCGUGGGCGCUGCACAGUAUAUGUAAUGUACCGUGUUGCAGGAGGUUUCACUGUCUCUUUGACUUUAAUCCCCGUGAGGUGGCACACGCUCAGUGGGUCACUUCAUAUGAAAAGCUUCCUGGCCUCUAAAAGCCUGACCAAAAUAUUCUCUGGGGUCUGUCCUUAAUCACUCGAAAUGCAUUAGAGGUUGAGAACAAAUGAGGAAUGACAGCGAGUAAACAAGCAAUAUGCGUCAGUAAAGCAAUAAGCGCCCAACCGUCCUCACACUAUCCGUACGUCUCUGUCCGUCCGUCGAUCUGCAGCCCUUCGCAGAGUUUAGGAGUGAGAGUGCUAAUGAGGAUGCAGGUGUUAGAACCAAGGAGAACGCUGAGCAAAAGAAUGGGGGGGAACUGCAGAGGGCUUAGGAAGCAGAUGAAGGAGAUGAAGCUGGAAAGAGGAAUGGUGUUGCAUGGACUCCGCAGAUAUGGCAGUGGUUGUUUUUCAUUCAGAUUUGUCGUCUAAAAAAAUGAAACAUUGAUUCUUGGUUCUAUCUCUCUGAUGUUCUCUAGCUCUUCCCAAAGUAUUCUGAGACUUUAGCUGAAAGGGAAAGUCAGUCUUUACUAUGAUUUGCACAGUUCAAAGUUAUUGUUGUGUUUGGGUCUUGAAGCGGGAGCCGCUGAUACUCCUCAAACAAACACUGGCCUCUGUGGACGUAAAGCUACAAACAGAACUGGAUGUUUAACACAACGGCCGCACUGGAACCAGGAUUUACAGUCAAAGAUCGGAGUCUUCGGGAUAAACCGAGUCUGAGGACCAGCACAGACAAAGACUUUUUCUCAACCUGUUUGUUGACGCCGCUCACGACUGGGCAGCAGAGUUUUAACAUGCACUGUGAGUGGCUGAUUCUUCUUGAUGCCACAAUCAUGCAAAGAAAUCAUGCUGAUGUGCCAGGAAACAGUGACACCUUCUCUUGGUAAUUUCCCCCACGGUCGGACGUCCUGGACCCAGGAUGUAUUUUUUUCCUUCAGUCCUGGAUGGACUUCCUCCAGGCAAAGUGAAGUCUGGAAAAACCAGCUGGUGAAGCUGAAUAAAUCAGACUGAGAAAAAGCC